AUGGAACAGAUUGACGAAUGGGAAAAGAAGUCAAUGGUGAAGAUUAAACAAACGGCAGAUGAUUGAUUAAAAUGUGGCAAAUGGAAACAGCGUGCAGUUACAGUUGCUGGAAGAAACGAAAAAGAAGAGCGAUUAGAUCAGUUAUCACAACCCGAUGGGAUUUAUACUGAUGCUAAUAAGAAUAUUUUCAUUGCAGAUUUUGGCAAUCAUCGAAUUAAACAUGAAGUGAGACGAUGGAGAAUUGGUGAUCAGCAAGGCAAGUUAGUAGCUGGUGGAAAUGGACAAGGAAACAGACUUAAUCAACUGAACUGUCCCACUUACAUAUUCGUUGAUGAUGAACAAUCUGUUUAUGUUUCUGAUCGAGGUAAUAAUCGUGUGAUGAAGUGGAAGAAAGGUGCAAAAGAAGGACGAGUAGGGGCUGGUGGUAAUGACUCUGGAGAUGAUCUCAACCGACUAAAUGGCCCUCACGGAAAAGAUCGGAAUCAAUUUAGGCGUCCCUUUAGUUUAUCGUCUGAUUCAGAAGGAAGUCUUUAUUUUAGUGAUGUUCUAAACCAUCGAGUUCAGAAGUUUGAGAGGCUUGUUGAUUAA